AUGCCGAAUCGCCAAUCACAUACCAAUAAUGCAAAACCAUCGGAUGUGUCAUCGUCUUCAUCAACAUUGCUAUGUGAGAUAUAUAAUACAAUUCGUCCUCCUGUCGAUUAUUUUAGUCGUUGUAUUAUAUUUGGACCAGUAAUAUUUAAAAUAAUUCUUGCUUUCAUUAUUAUCAUCGUUGGUUCAAUUUUGAAAACAUUAGGUGUACAACCAAGUUCAUAUUUUUCAUCCAAAAACAACAUAUUUAACGUAUAUUUUGUUAAAUUUGGUUGGGGAUGGAUGCUCAGUUUAUUGAUGCUAUUUGUGCCUUUAACUUUAAUAACUCUUAAAAAGAACUUUAAUUAUUAUGAAAUCAUAACACGUCAUUUAGUUCGUUUACUUAUUGCAACUGUUGUUUGGUAUAUAAUUACGAACUUAUUUGUCUAUAUUGAAUCGUAUACAGGAAUCUGUAAUCAUAAUAAAAUGAAACGAGUUUCAAGAAGAGCUUGUAAAAAAGCUGAUCAUGAAUGGGAAGAAGGAUUUGAUCUUAGUGGACAUAUAUUUUUACUUCUUUAUUCAAUUUUAAUAAUGAACGAGGAAAUUAGAUUAUAUGAUAAACGUACUGAAAAGGUUGACGAAGCAAAAAAAGUCGAACAAAACGUUGGUGAUACAUUAUCCAAUAUAGCUAAUCAAUAUUCGACACUAUUUGAUAUAAUUAUCCGAGUACUGUACGUUUUAAUAGCAGCAUUAACUAUUCUUUGGGAAUUUAUGCUAUUAUCAACAGCUUUAUAUUUUCAUAAAACCCCGGACAAAUUCAUGGCUGGUGUUAUUGCAGUAUUCUUUUGGUUUAUAACUUAUCGUGUAUGGUAUACUUCAAAUCGUAGUAGUUCAAUUCUACGUCCAUUAUCACCAAGAAAUUAA